AUGUGGCAGAUGCAGAUCUCGGUCCCUAUUGAGCGUACAGUGGAGCUGGCAGAGUCGCUGUUGAAGAACAGUGAGGUGAAACUUGCUGGCCUUGGGUCGAGGGAUAGCUUACGCCUGGAGGCCGGGCUUUGUCUGUAUGGAAAUGACAUUGAUGAGACCACCACUCCAGUGGAAGCAACACUUUUAUGGACCAUAGGAAAGCAGCGGAGAGCUGCUGCAGACUUUCCUGGAGCUGAGAUCAUCCUGAGACAGAUCAAAGAGAAAACUAAACGGAAACGAGUGGGUCUGACAUCUGCCGGGCCCCCAGUCAGGCAGCACACGCCAAUUUUGAACCUUGACGGAAAAGUCAUUGGGGAGGUGACGAGUGGAUGCCCCUCUCCCUGUCUGAAACAGAACAUUGCCAUGGGAUAUGUGGAUACGGAGUACAGCAAGCCAGGCACUCCAUUAAAGGUGGAGGUUCGGAAGAAGAUUGUGGAUGCCACUGUUUCCAAGAUGCCUUUUGUACCGUCUAAAUACUACACUGUGAAGUGACUGUCUCAUUUUCAGAUUGUGUAAUGAAUACUUUGAAGAAGAUGACUAGAUUUAAUUAGGAUUUUUUUAACAUUUUUAUGGUUGUUUUGUAUCUGCCUUUGGUUUACAAAGGUUAGCUGUUGACUUGUUCUGAUCUCCUGUACUGCUGCAAUAGGACAUUGUGUGUGUUUUCAGAGGGAUGGACAAAAUUGCACUUGACGAAGAACAUGGGGAGAUCAUUGUUCAUUUCUAUCUCCAUUUGAGCCUUGCUCCACCCAGCUGAUCAGCAUUCAUCUCCCUGUAUGAAUCUAUGCCGGAGUCUGAGAGCAAGACCAAUGGACGGUCAACAAACACUGAUAGUGGAUCAACACCCAUCCCUUUGCGAUGGCAGAGACAUGCCAGGUGGAAAUUAAACCAGCUAAAAUCCUAACCAGCAGUUCAGCUGCAGAGUCCUGCAUAGCUGACAACACACUGGACUUUUUUUUAUCUUUCCAAGGAGAGUAAAGCAGAAUUGAGAGUGUACAAAGGGCUCAUGUUGUGGGUAGGAUUCUUCAUCCAGACCUUUAAUUCAUGGGGCCAUGUGGGGGGCUGGCUUUUGUUUUGCACUUCCUCCUUGACCACAUGUGGCACGGUGGCUCAGUGGUUAGCCCUGCUGCCUCACAGCACCAGGGACUGAGGUUCGAUUCCACCUCCCGGCAACUGUGUAAUGUGAAGUUUGCAUAU